GGUUUUCUUGUGUAGUUCCCUUUGCUUCCUUGCAGUGGCGUGUAACGACCACCAGAUAGCAGCAUUUCUCCGGUGCCGUGACCAGCUUGAUUGACAAGGAGUUUUCUGUCCAGAGCAUGCGGAGAGGAUCUCGCCCUCGUACCUCUGCAGAGAGGAGGAGCUGGUGGAGAGAGCAGCAGCCGGAAUGAUGGAGAUGAAGAGAGAAUCUUUCCAUCAGUAUGGAUCCCUGGAGCGCACGCCGUGGAGCAGAGACAACAACAAAGCAGAGGACGACGUGGUGUCCAUGGCAGACUCCAGCCUCACUGCAGACGAUAUUGAGGGCGAACUCUUCAAGAUCGAGAGGAUUCGAGAUGUUCUGGUCCGCAGGGAGUCAGAGCUCAGAUACAUGAUGGAUGACAUUCAGCUGUGCAAGGAGAUUACUCGACUCAAAAAGGAGCUGCACAAAUUAGUGUCCCUGCCAGAUAAGGACAAGUCCAAGGAGGACCGGCAAAAGGAAGAGGAACUUCUGCAGCAAAUCCACAAACUGGUGGAAACCAGAGAUUUCCUUGUGGAUGAUGUUGAGUUUGAAAGACUCCGGGAGAAGGAAGAAGAUAAAGAAAUGGCUGACUUUCUGAGGUCGAAAUUUCCAAGACACCUGCAGAAAACAGGUGUGCCAACAAGGCGAGUAGCACCCAGGGCCCAGCAGAACUCCUCUCCCUUCGCCAAAACGGGCCUCACCCUGCUGAAGGAGUGCUGCGGCUUCACGUGCUCCGUCAUGUAGCUUCCGUUCUUGCCAAUUUAAACGUCCGCGUGUAAGAGCUCCAUUUCAAGUCCAAGUGUAAAAAGAAGCCAACGGAAUCAUAUCCUUCAGCGUGUUAAGCGGCGGGCUGGUCUGUAGAGUGGAUUCCGCGGAAGGUUGUUCCGUGAGGUUGUCCAGCGGGCCGCUGGCUCACAUGCUUCUUGUGACCAAUCAAACUACAGAUACACAUCUGUGUUGCCAAGAAGAAUAGUUUCCAUGGCAACCUCAUGUAACCCCCCCAUACAUUUACAAUGUAGAGAUUCACAGGAUGAUACUGUGUGUAUGUCUGCAUGCAGGGAAUGAUAUUGCGCUUAUCUCUUUGGUAAUGUUUUGAGGUUUAAAAAAAAAGAAAUACUGCUAUUACUGACGCAUACAUGAUCAGAUGUACUGUAGCUGUUCCAUCCCCAGAUCUUUUAUUUACCUCAUAAAUGCUUUGGCUCACCAUCAUUUGUAGAAAACAGGAAUAUUUAAAUAGCAUGUACAUCGUCGCUUGCGUAGCUCAUGUUAUUGUCCUUUUUGUUAAGCAAAAAUUUGUUUUUAUUUUCGCCGUUUUAGUGGUCGACAACAUUGUCGUCAUAUGUCAUCCUCCACGAACCGAGAAGUGGCCUGCUUACAUUUGGAUGGACAAAAAGCAACAAAAAAAAGUGUGUGUGUAUUGUGAGUGAAAUAGUUGCCCUUUUGCGCCAGUUUAAUCACAAUUAAAGUGUCGCGCUGAACGUGCACAAAACCGGGAAUAAAAAGAAAA